AGACACCUUGUCCAUGACCAUCAAAUGAAAAGUAACGGAGAUGCUUGCAUGUGCAAGUACAUGUCUAUAUACUUGAUGCCUUGUCCAUAACGAUGUUAACGGUUAACAAACCGAAAAAACCCUCAUCUUCAGCAUCUACAUACCCACCCAAGUACCAUAGCUUGUAAUCAAGCUCACAGGCCGAGGUCGUGUCGUAUCGACCAUUAACGAUCUGCGAUGCGCCGAUAAUUGUCGCAAAACAUACAUCGUUAAGAUUGUCAACACAAUGUCCUUCACCAAUGCGCCAGUGACUCGCAGCCUCGUCUAUGGUCUUGUUGGAAUAUCCAUAGCAGUCAGCUUGCUGGAUAUAAAGCACUAUUUCUACAUACUAGUUGACCUGCAUCUUUGGCGAUUCCACCAAACAUGGAGAGCUCUCAUCUACCAGUUAUGCUACACCAAUUCUUCCGAGGUGCUCUUUGCUGCCAUGACUCUUUACAACAUGCGGGCGGUUGAAAGGAUGUGGGGGUCAAGGAAAUUUGCUACCUUCGUCUUCAUCACCCUGAUACUCACGAGCAUCCUAACGCCCAUAAUCUUGACCCUAUUACUCAGGCCACUUACUCUAGGCCUCUUCAACUACCUUCCGGCUGGGCCGACGCCCAUUGUAUUCGCAAUCCUAGCUCAGUACCAUUCCAUGAUACCGCCGAUAUAUAAAUACAAGGUCGUGACCUCCAUAUCCGCAUCAACAGAUGACCAGGCUCAGGGUAUUACUCUCUCUGACAAGUCAUACCGAUACCUACUUGCAUUCCAACUAGCCCUCUUCCAAUGGCCCGGAUCUCUGCUCGGGGCACUCAUCGGUUGGUUGGUAGGCUUAUCAUGGAGAACGGAGGCUCUGCCGCGAUCAUUGAUACGAUGGCGAUUGCCCGGAUGGGUUGUGGGAAUGCGAACACAGAGGAGAAGCCAAGAAUUUGAGGGAUUGCGUAGAAGACUCGAGGGAGAAGGCGCACCUACGGCGGCAGCAACCGGAGCCCAGAGCCAAGGUGAAAGUGAAAGUGGAAGACGUAGGACCGUGGGCCAACAAGUUAUGGAUCAGUUUCAGGGCGCAUUCUAAAAUUGCUUGGUAACUACCUUAAUAUACUACGUAGGCACUGGUUCGAGGGAAAGAAAUGUCCUAAUUCUAGCUAGUAUAUUCUUCCCCUAUCAAGUAUCUUCGACAGUUUAUAAUCGC